ACGCCGUUGCCGGUCGCCUGCCCCCUCCCGGCUCCCGCGAGGUCCCCCACCCCCGCAACCGAGCGGCCGGGAUGGGGAAGGAAACCACCGCGCGAUCACCUUCAUUAACUCCCCCGUCUCCCUCCCCACUCACAUCCCCUCGAAAGCGCCACCGGAUCCAACCCCUCCUGGAAUCCCUCCCUUUCUCCCCUCCUCACGGAACCCCGCCCGCCUUUUAAGUUUCACCCACAUGCGUGGCGCGCGUGCCGUCUUCCGCCUCCGCCGCCGCACCAGCGAUGUCGCGUAGCGGGGUGGAGGUGGUCGCCAGCAGGGGGUGCGCGAGGCUGCUGCUCCAGGGGAUGCAUCAGCCCUCCUCCGCCGCCUCCGUCGCAUCCUCCUCCGCCGCCGGUCCGGGCGCGGGCGCGGGGGCGCGCGCCGACCGUGACGGGCCCUUUGCCGGCCUGGUCAUCUGCGUCACCGGCCUCUCCAAAGAGGCGAGGGCUCAGGUGAAGGAGGCGACCGAGCGGCUGGGGGGCGAGUACAGCGGGAACCUGCACCCCAAAUGCACGCACCUCGUGGUGCAGAGCUUUGCCGGACGCAAGUUCGAGCACGCCUUGAAGCAUGGUCCGAGGAACGGACUAUUCGUCGUAACACUGAGUUGGUUUGUCGAUUGCGUGCGGAGGAACAUGAGGUUGGAUGAAUCCUUGUAUAAUAUCAAAAACAUUGGGGAAAACGGUCUGCCACUAGGGGAGUUCAACCGGCUUGUUGGAGUUCCUGUUAGCGAGAAGUCUUGCCUUCCACCAAUGAUAUUUCAAGACAAGGCAUACUCAGAUACGACCAGGAAGCAUGCGCUUCAGACUCCUAGGAAAGAAGGUGGCCGUGAUGAGUUCGUUUUUAUGAACGACACUAUCUACAUGGACCCUGGGAUAUCUGGUGAGAUGAGAAAGAAGCCUACAAGGAUUGUUGAGCUCCCUUGCCUGCAGAUUUCCGAUGCUGCCACUAGAGAAGGUGCAAAGCUGCUGGAGCACUGGUUUAUUGGUUGUCAUGCCACGUAUGUUGUGUGUGAAGAUGCUUCUGUGAAGAGAUAUGUUGGCCACUCAGACAACAUUGUAACUCCACUUUGGAUCUUGAAAACAGUGAAAGAAAAGAACCUGCAGCGUCUUGUUCAUUUGUCUUCAGACCUAGCUAGGCAGGUUGCCAUGGUUCUCGAAAAUGUCCGGACAUCUGUAGAGAAUAGAAAAUUUGGAAAUGUUCCUUCUAUAAACCAAAACUCCAGUGGACCUCCAUCAACUCAAGGGGAGAUUGAUGAGGUCCAUCAAGAGAGGCAAAAGUUUGUUGAAGUGGCAAAGAAAGAAAUUCGAGACCGCCGUACUCGUCGUAUGCAGUCAUGUGAAGUACCAAUUCAUCCGAUCACACCUGCCACACUUCUGGAUUCAAUCUGCUGGACAAUCUCUGAGCCAACUUCUUCCACGUCUAUUUAUACGGAUUCAUCAUGGUCUGACGAUGUCAAUGAGCAGCAAAGCACCACUUAUUUCGAUGCAAAUGGGGGUAUGAGGGAUCCAGACCAACCAACUGAUAAUUUCUCCCGCCCACUGAGAGAAAGUGAGCAAAGUGAGUUGAUUUUCAAGAACCACUUUCUUACCAUACUCUUCCCUAUUGAUCGUUUCGGUGAGCUUGGACCUUCCUCGAGGACGUUCUACAGCAAUGGUGGCUUUACACGUAUACAAGUGCUGGAUCACAUCUACAAUUUCUACCAGGAGAACAUGUCAACCGACGAGAUAAAUGUGGCCUUGCAUACAGAUUCACGGCACGCAGAUAGACUUCGAUCUUUGUAUGCAGGUGCCGCAUCAGCAGAGAAUGGAUUUGUAACUUUUAAAAGAAUAGACUUCUUAGGAAGCAGAAGAAGUUUCGAGGCACUAAAGCGCCUCAACAGGGAGAAUAAUAGCAAUGCAUAUGAUCUUGUGAUUAGGGCAUGAACGCACCAUACUCAGGUGCCAUUUGGCAUUUGUUGAUUUCCUAGAGAGAGAAAAUCUACAACAGGAAGGAUGUGCCAUGCUUGCAGAAAAUAAAUCCACUGUUCAUUGAAA